AUGACAACAAGGCAAACUUUAUCAAAUAAUGACCAUCCUCCCAUUACACCAUUAAAAAAAAUGUUUGCUGCCUGUAGUGGAGCUUUAUUAACUUCACUUUUUACAACACCAUUUGACGUAGUAAAGGUUAGAUUACAAGCACAAAGCAUUUCCGAUAAUAGUCAUAAUAAUAAAGUAAUAGUAACAAGAAAUCAUCAUCAUCAAUUUAAUGGAAUACUGGAUGGUAUAAUUAAAAUGGUUCGUUAUGAAGGAGUCACAUCUUUAUGGCGAGGUCUUUCACCAUCAUUAGUAAUGUCUGUACCAGUGACGGUUAUAUACUUUGUGGGUUAUGAUCAUUUAAGAGACAAAUUAUGGACUACAUGGAAAGGAAAAUAUUCUGAAACUUAUUCACCAUUAAUUGCUGGAGCUACUGCAAGAACAAUUGCAGCUUCAAUAGUAUCACCAUUAGAAUUGUUUCGAACAAGAUUACAAGGCCCUGAAGGUAUAAAUGGACUGAGAAGAGUAUUGAAUGGUGUACAAACCAUGGUUAUCAAUAAUGGUAUUUCAUCAUUAUGGCGUGGUCUAGAACCCACAUUAUGGAGAGAUGUGCCGUUUUCUGCAAUUUACUGGACUGGUUAUGAAUUUAUGAAAAAAAAUUUAAAAAAUUAUUUACAUGAAAACAAUCUUGAUGAAAAAGUUAAUAACUUUGAAGUGUCUUUUUUGUGUGGUGCUACUUCUGGUGGUUUUGCAGCAUUGGUAACCACACCUUUCGAUGUAGCCAAAACAAGACGACAAGUUGCAACAAAUCAAAUGAAAAGUAAGAAUAGUAUGUUAAAUGUGAUGGAGAUGAUUGUUAAAGAUGGAGGAUACAAAGAAUUAUUUAGAGGUGGUACACUUCGAAUAUCAAGAGUAGCAGUUAGUUGUGCACUUAUGAUUUCAACGUAUGAAACAUUGAUAAAGAUGAUCUGA